AUGCCCGGUACAAGACCUAUCAAGGUACAUGGCAAAGUUGUUGACGACUGGCGGCGCAUGUUAAGUUUCGUCGCGUCCUAUCAGCCACACUCGGGGUAUGGCAUACCAGCACAACACACAGCACAGCGGAUGGCGAGUGAGUUCGCUGACGACGCGGCGUGGACUUUGGUGCUGCUUCCGACGCCGUUUCACACUUCUCCGGAGCGCUGGAUCAUCUCAUCCAUAGCGCCAGCCAACCUCAAGCAAGACCUCAAGUCUAGAGAGCUGCCAUCCCCUGAAGCCAACAAGAUCGAGGCGGAUACGGAAUCUUUAGCCCGAUCAACGGCGCCGGCACCCAAAGACCAAAGCUUUGCUAAAGAAUAUGACCUGCACGUCAGGGACUCGUGGGAUUCCACAUAG